AUGCGAGAGUGAGGAUCGGUCGGUGUGUGUUAUAUUACAUUUUUUUCGUGCGCACACUUUUUUUAUCACUUGAUUAUUACGAAACAUAAAACACUUCAUCUAGGUGUUUAAUGAAGUGUUUCAUAGUCGAAAAUCAGUGAUGUAGAAAUCAUAAAAACACGUGGAUUUAGGAAGGAUAUACCCACUGAGUGUGAUUAUUUUUUUUUUUGGUGUGUGUAAAUUAAUUUUUGUUUGAAAACUUAUAAUAAAUUUUGUAAAUGAUGCAGCUUUGUAAUAGUGUUGUUCAGUUUAAGUUAUUAAAGUGUUGUGUUAUUCAAUUAUUGUAUUUAUUUUUAAUGAUUUUUGAAUGUACUAAUUGUUUUAAUUUAGAAUAUCGUGUACCGAUUAUUAAAAUUGGUUAUAUCGAUCAUUAUGAUCACACAACGACAUAUUCAUUGAAUAAUACAUAUUUUGGAUAUUCGGUUGCCGAACAUCAAGUAAAACCGGAGGAUGAAAAUGAAGCGUCAUAUAGUUUAUUAUUAGCUGGUGCUCCAUUGGGUAACAAUUUACAACCAAAUACAAGUCAAUCAGGUGCUUUAUAUAAAUGUCCAAUAACAGCAAAUCCUUUCGAUUGUAUGCAAGUGAUAACAGAUGGACGUAAAAAGGGGACCCAGUUUAAGCGUGAUGAUUUAAAUGAUCCAAAAUUCGAUCCACCAUUACCAUCGGAAAUCAAAAAUGGACAAUGGUUAGGUGUUGUGGUCCGAAGUCAAGGUGAUAUUGUGUUGGUUUGUGCUCAUCGUUACAUGGUCAAUUAUUGGGGUAAUGGAAUGUGUUAUUCGUUAAAUAAUGAUUUAACAUUGGACUCAAAUUUGGAACCGUGUAAUGGGCGUACAAGAGCACGGGCACAUGAAGAUUUUGGUUAUUGUCAAGCGGGUACAAGUGGUGCGUUGUUAAAGGAUGGUACUGUGAUAUUGGGAGCACCUGGGCCACGUACUUGGCGUGGUACAAUAUUUGUUACAGAUAUGGGUGGUGAUUAUUUGGAUCGAGAUAAAACUGUUUAUCAUGGUCCAAUCGAUAUGAAUUGUAGUUAUAUUGAUAAUUACAGUUAUUUGGGAAUGUCAGUAGCAGCUGGGAAUUUCUUUAUGAACAAAACAGCAUACGCGGCAGGUGGACCUAGAUCAAAUAAUACUGGACAAGUAAUUAUUUUUUCAAAACACGGAUCUGAUUCUGAAUUAAAAGUGGGUCUCAUACUGAAUGGAGAUCAACUAGCUUCACAUUUUGGCUAUGAAAUGGCAGCCGCUGAUAUCAACGGUGAUGGAUUACAAGAUUUAAUUGUGGCUGCACCAUUUCAUUUUGGUAAACAUGAAGGAGGCGCUGUAUAUGUUUAUAAAAAUAGCAAUGAAAAAUGUAAUUUAACAUGUGAACCACCCUUAAUUUUGACUGGUAAACCAGAUUCAAGAUUUGGAUUUGCAAUAACUUCGUUGGGUGAUUUGAAUAAAGAUGGAUAUGAGGAUAUAGCAAUUGGUGCACCGUAUGAAGGUAGUGGAGUUAUUUAUAUUUAUUUGGGUUCCAAAAAUGGAUUAUUAAAGGAACCAUCACAGAGAAUAGCUGCAGAUGAAUUACCAUUAUUUAAAAUUAGAGGAAAAGUUUUUGGACCAAUUAAAACGUUAGGCUACAGUUUGAGCGGGGGAAUUGAUAUGGAUAAUAAUGGUUAUCCUGAUUUGCUGGUUGGUGCUUAUGAAAAGGAUGCUGUUGUCUUGUUUAGAGCAAGGCCAAUAAUUGAUAUUCAAACUAAAAUUAAACAACCAGAAAAUUUGGUGAAUAUUGAUGCUAGCAAAACUGGUUGUCUUGCCGAUCCAAAUUCGAACUAUACUUGUUUUUCAUUCCAUGCAUGUUGUCAAAUAAUGUCGUUAGACGCAAAAACACAAUCUGAUUUACAAAUAUUAAAUUAUACAAUUGAAGCUGAAACAUUUGCGGGUAAUCGAAAAUUUUCUCGUGUAUGGUUUGGUCGUGAUCCAAAUAAACCUCAUAUUAUUCAUCGGAAAAUUGAAAUAGUUAAUAUUACGAAAUUUUACUGUGAUCAACAUACCGUUUAUCUGAAAGAAAAUACACGAGAUAUUCUUUCACCGAUCAAGUUUCGUUUGAAUUACACGUUACAACAACAAGUUCCAAAAUAUUCCACAAAAACUUUACCAAUAAUUGAUAAUUAUCCAAUUUUAAAUCAACAAGAAGCUGAAAAAAUCUUUAAUGCAACCUUCCAAAAAGAUUGUGGAGCGAAUGAUAUUUGUGAAAGUGAUAUUAAUAUUGACGCAGCCGUUAAUUUGACGAGAUUGGGUGAUAAAUAUAUUUUAACGUUGGGUUUGGAAAAAGAAGUAAAAUUGAUUGUUAAGAUUGCGAAUAAAGCGGAACCUGCGUAUGAAGCACAAUUAUUUAUUUCACACCCGAAAAGUUUAACUUACAUUGCCAGUUCAGCAGAGGAAAAACAAGUCUUGUGUAAUCCACACAAUGAUUCCAUGGUUGUUUGUGGAUUAGGAAAUCCAUUUAAAUCCGAUCAUGAUGCAACUGUAACACUUCGAUUUGAUCCAAAACCAAUUAAUGAUGCGCUAAAUGAAUUUAAAUUUAUUGUAUUUGCGAAUUCUACAUCUGUUGAGGAUAUCAAAAAAGAUCCAACAGAAAUUUUUGUUUCGAUUUUGAAGAACGCUGAGGUCUCAAUUAAAGGGUCUGCAACUCGAACGAAUAUUAUUUAUGGAGGUGAAAUUAAGGGUGAAUCCGCAAUGAAAUAUGGAGACGAUGUUGGAUCAAAUGUCACGCAUUUGUAUCAAGUUGUAAAUAAUGGUCCUUGGAAAGUGGCUCAAUUAACUGUGGAAGUUUUUUGGCCGUAUCAAGUUGCAAACAAUAAACCACAAGGAAAAUGGUUGUUGUAUUUAGAAAAACCACCAAUUGUUGAAGCAACAAAUGGCGGCGGUGGAGAAUGUUACUUAACUGGUGAUCAAAUAAAUCCAUUAAACUUAACCUCGCAUCCAGGUGCCCAAGAAGCACCUUUGAAUUUACGAAUGGGUUCGAUGUAUUCAAACUAUCAACAAUACCAACCACAAAGAAGGCGAACUCGACGUGAUACUGAAGUUAUUAUCAAAUCACACAAAAUCACCGAUAAAGAUGGAUUCAAACGAGAAGUAGUGACGAUGGACUGUAAUGCUGGAACCGCAAAAUGUAUACGUUUCAACUGUACAAUAUACAAUCUUCCACGUUAUGAAACAGCUGUCGUUUUAAUUCGAGCCAGAUUAUGGAAUUCAACGCUAGUUGAAGAUUAUCCAAAAGUUGAUUGGGUAAACAUUCGAUCCAGAGCCAAAAUUCAUAUACCACCAGAAUAUUCUAUUCAACAAAAUACAUCAGACGAUGAAGCGUUAGUGGAGAUGCUCGCAUAUCCAGAUUUGAUCAACCAACAGGAUGUCGAACCAAUUCCAUUAUGGAUAAUUAUUUUAGCAAUUAUUAUUGGUUUAAUUAUUUUAAUAUUAUUUACAUUUAUUUUAUGGAAAAUGGGAUUCUUCAAGCGAAAACGACCGGAUCCAACACUUUCCGGAAAUUUGGAAAAACAUCAUGAAGAAAGUCCUUUCUUGAGACGGCAUGAACGCUAAUCUAAACUUUUUUUGUGUUUUAAUUUAUGGUGUAAACUGAGUUUUUUUUGUUGUUGAGUAAAGUGGAUGUAAUUAGGAUGCAAAAGUUGUAAAAAACUUGACUUUUUAAACGUUUUUUGUGUCAUGUAAAAUACGCAUCGUACUUAGUUCGAAUUUUCGUAUUUAUAACAUAAUUUGAAAUUGAAUUUUUCCUAAUUAGGAAUUAUUUCAACCACGUUUUACGAAUUCGCUUUAUUAAUAAAAAUGAAUACUAGUGUGGAUGUGUCUUUUAACAUAUGGGUGCAUGAAUUUACGAAUUUAUCGAUAUCAAGACAUUCGAAGUAUUCUUCUUCAGAAAAAUAGAAGCCAUAAUUAUUCUGCAGGCUGAAUAAUUGUGUUUACGUAAAAAUAAUAUAAACGUUAAUGUUUCGAGAAAGUUAAUAAAAUUGAUGAUUUUCUACAAGUGAUAGGAUACGGCGUAUAGGCCUAGGAAUAAAGAGCUUAAUACAAGAUCAUAGUUUUGACUUGACUUGUAAGAUUUAGAAAAUGAAUUAGUUCCCUUUAUAUAAUUGGCUCGUAAGUCAUCUCAAGAAACUAAAAGUGGAAAAUAAA